AUGUGUCAAGUCACGCCUUUCACACUCCCCUGCUGCCAGCGCAUCUAUGUGCUCAUCGAGAAACUCCCCAGCUGUCCCGCCGACUGGCCGAAGAGUAAAUGUCCGCGGGAACUUUGCAUCCAGAUCAUCAAUCCCGACACCGGGCAUGUUCCACAGAGACCGUCUGGAACCUGCUGGAGAUGCAAAGCAGCAGCGGAGGGGAAGUCUGACCACGAAAGGGAUAGAAUGCGGCCCGGGAUCGACAGCGCAAAGAUUGUAGUUGGCUUAGAGGAGCUGGAGGGUCCUGGCAGGAGAAAAAAGGUAGAGAUGGAUGGUAAGUGCUGGUUUUGCGGCGCCACACGGGGUUGCCAGCUGUGCGGUUCUCAGAAGUCUGAAGCAGCGUCUGCCGGUAUGCCAGCCAAGAAUCCCGGGGAGGGGAGAGCAGGACGUCCGAGGAAAAAACCGAGAAUCGAGGAGAAUGCUAACAGUCAAGCGCCCUCUUAUUUGGAACCAGCACCAUUCUUCGAAGAGCUUUCACAACUUACCUUUUACAAAGCAAGCCACGAUACCAUAGGGGCUUCUCGAUUCCCUCGAACUUCCAAUCCAAUGCUCUGCCCACCCACAUUUCAUCAUGAAGCCCUCUCUUAUCAAUCUAACCUGCCAGAUAGCACCACAGGUAACCGGCAACUCGGACAGUCAGUUAUGGGAAUGGGAAACGCAUCUUAUUGGGAGAACCCUGGUGGAUUCCAAGCCAACCAACCUGCAGUCGUAGGCGGUAGCGAAGGAGCGCAGCACUUCGAUCUCCCUCAAACUCGCACUGUUAAUUCCCCACAGGCAGGCGUAGGAGCGGAUCUAAGUUCUGCCAGUCAUGAUCAUAUGGGCCUCAAUGGUCUCAACGACUCCGAGGAGACCGCUUUAUCUCGCCUCCUGGAUGAUUUCAACAGCGAUGACCCUAGCAGUCGCCAAAAUAUUGCUCGAGGGACUGAGGGGGCUUUGCAGAUGGAGGGUUCACAUGUCAGUCCUCAACAGGGUUUCGUGGAUCCCGGCCCUGCCAAAGAGGAUUGA